UAAUUCAUUGUAAAGUUUAAAUUAGCAUAACUCAAUCACUGUGCAUUUUUUCGGUUAAACUGGACGUUUGUCAGUUGUGAUUUAACAACCAUCAUGUUGAAUACAUUCGAACGGAAAUCAUCUUUAAUUAAUCGAAAUUUAAAGAAAUUUUUGUAAAAAUCCAGUGCAAAAAAGGAUAUGGAUAUUAAAACUUAAGAAAUUGCAAAAAAAUAAUAACAACUAAAAUUAAUUAAAAUUGUGUUUGGUUAAAAAAAAUAUUAUUUAACAAAAUGUCACAUGGUGAACGUAAAGGACGCAUAAAUUUGGUGAAAUUUUUGGAAUUGGGCUUUUCUGUAGCAUGUCUGGUCUUGCAUUAUUACAGUUUCGAUGAUCGUGAUAUACUGGCGUCUUUAUUAGCUACCGGUACAUUUGCUGGUUAUAUUAUAGUGCUCUUUGGAGUAUUUGUGGGGGCUCUAAUGCGUGCCUCAGUUCAUCGAAGAAUCGAUAUAUUUUUCAGUAUUAUGGGCUGUGCUCUAUUUAUAGCCUCUGGUGUAUUUAUCAUAGAAGCAUGGGAACGUCUGUUUUUGCAGGGCUUUUCUGUAGCAUGUCUGGUCUUGCAUUAUUACAGUUUCGAUGAUCGUGAUAUACUGGCGUCUUUAUUAGCUACCGGUACAUUUGCUGGUUAUAUUAUAGUGCUCUUUGGAGUAUUUGUGGGGGCUCUAAUGCGUGCCUCAGUUCAUCGAAGAAUCGAUAUAUUUUUCAGUAUUAUGGGCUGUGCUCUAUUUAUAGCCUCUGGUGUAUUUAUCAUAGAAGCAUGGGAACAUUCAUUUCGUACCCGAACUCGAGAUAUGGCUCUAAUAAAGGCAUCACUUUCUAUCGUCAAUGGUGUAUUGUUUGGAUUCGACGCGAUCUUUACAUUUCGCGAUAAAUAAAGAAGUUUUUACCUAUUAUUAUAUUUUUUAUAUAAAAAAACUAUUUAUACUUUAAGAUGAUUUUUUUUGUAUGUAUUACUCUAACUUUAAAACUAAGUUUAUAAGAAAAAGUUUUUGUUCGCUUCUUUUGUAUGCGUCGCAAUAAAGUUUAUUUUUUAUUUAAACGUA